ACUGGCUGCCUGUUACUUGGCCAGUGUGAAAUCGUGGUCGGGAGCCGAUCGCAGUCCGCAAGCCGUUUCUCAACCACUCCCACCAAUCGGACGCGCCCACCAAAGUUGUAGAUCCUGAGGCCUGGCCAUGAUGCAGCAGUCAAUGUGGAGCGGCAUCUUGGUGGUGUUGAGCAUGGUGUGGACUCUGACCUCUGGCCAACUUGGGGACUGCUGGGACCAAAGCAGGUGCAAGGAGCUGUCUUCAACUCCACAACUGAUGGAGUGUAUUGAAGCCUGCAAAAUGGCCAAGACGCUUGAAUCUCCAAUCUACCCCGGCAACGGCCACCUGCAGCCAAUUGCAGAGGGCAUCAGGAAUUACGUCAUGGGUCAUUUCCGCUGGAAUAAAUUUGGGGAAAAGAGAGGCAACAACACUGGAUUUUCAGGCAACAAGCGUGAAGGUGAACCUGUCCAGGCAUUCCUGAACCAGCUCCCUGCUGUAGAGUCCCAAAUCUCUCAGAUGGAAGAUGAGGAGAUGGAGACAUUUCCAAGGGAAGAUGGCAAGAGAUCCUACUCUAUGGAACAUUUCCGAUGGGGCAAGCCAAUGGGCAGGAAGAGGAGGCCCAUUAAGGUCUACCCAAAUAGCUUUGAUGAUGAUUCUGUGGAGAAUAUGGGACCUGAGCUCAAGCGAGAAGCAUCUGUUGAUUUUGACUACCCAGUAGAAUCAUCUGAAGUAGGUGAACAGGAGAUGCUGGAAGAUGCCAAGAAGAAAGAUGGGAAGAUUUACAAAAUGACCCACUUCAGGUGGGGCAGGGGGCAAAAGAGCUUUGGGGCUGACCGUACGCAUACUGAACCGUUGCAUUUCCCAAACCUUCAAGACGUGUUCCAGGAAAGCGUGGACAAUGGCUUGCCGGAAGAAGAGAUGAAGAAAGAUGGGGAGGAUUACAAAUUUGGCCACUUCCGAUGGAGUGUACCCUUGAAAGACAAGCGCUAUGGAGGUUUCAUGAAGUCUUGGGAUGAGAGGGGUCAAAAGCCACUUCUGACUCUCUUCAGGAAUGUCAUUGUCAAGGAUGGUCAUGAGAAGAAGGUUCAAAAUCAAUAGAUAGAUAACCCUCAAUGAUUCUUAGCUGUAACACAUAGGAGCAGUCCAUAGAUCUAUGAUAGCAUUAAUAAGAAGCUGUUGUUGAUACAAAAAAUUCUUUCACAUGGAACCUGUGCAAUGCACCUUGUCUGGUUUACUGUAUCUAGCAAUCAAUAAAGGAGUUAACAUUGUACAUAAAGGCUUCAAUGAGUCCAAUACCCAGUCAUGGGCUGUGCAAAGAUAUUUUCCUAAUUA